GUCGACAUGGGCGGCCAAGAUGAGAGCACCCAGCCCGAGGGCAGUGCUGCUCCCAGCACCGAGCAGCAAGACGAGCCCACCGGUCUUGAGAACAUCGAGGACACCCAGCCCGAGGUUCCUGCCCGCGUCACUUUCCUAGACUACCUCAAGUCUCCCAUCGUCGAGCUCUCCGUCGGCACCGCUGAGGACAUUACCAUCCUCCACGCACACCAGCUUCUACUCGAGAAGAGCCCUUACCUCGAGGAGAAGAUCUCUGCUCUGGCAGAGGGUGAGAACCGCCGCAUUGACCUUCCCGACGAGGACCUGCUCGCAACCGCCGCCUUCCUCGAGUUCCUCUACAAGGCCGACUACUUCCCCACUCUCAGCGGCUCAUCCCUCGAAUCUGACCCCGAGAUCCCCGUCCCGGACUCCGAAGGCAUGGCCCUCCUCCGUCACGCCCGCGUCUACACCCUCGCCCAACGCUUCGGCGUCCCCGCCCUCUCACAACUCGCCCACAAGAAGAUCCACCUCACAAACAGCAACGCAAAGGGCGAGAUCCAAUACGCACGCUACGUCUACGGCCACACCCAAACAUCAGACGAGAGCAUCCGCAAGCCCGUCGCUGCAUUCUGGGCAACGAGAUCGCAUGUCCUGCGUCACGAGGCAGAGAAGGAGUUCCGCAGCAUGUGUCUCGAGUUCCCUCAAUUCGGUUUCGACGUGCUCAGCUUGGUGCUGGAUAACCAGGAAAAGAGGACACAGAGAUCCGAGACCACGAUUGGUGGUGGUCGCAAGAGGCCGCGUGUCAGUGCUGUUUAGAAUGCAGCCGCUUCCGACCAUACUGCCUCUUCCCCUGAAAAGCGCCUGAGGCUUGAAUAUAAGCACUGAUCUACGACCGUGCACGCCUGCUUAUACGCUCGUUAGACUGAUCCGAGAUUUUUCACUCCCCAAUUGCUUCGUUGGCUCGAUUUGGAUGGCUAAAGUUGCUGGAUUCCAUGAGGCAGCUGAACGGACAAGGUCAUCUUUUCUUGCUGAUCAAAAGCGCAUUUUCUUGUAGCUUAUCAACCCUUCUCGCACACCCUUUCUUCCCCCACUUUAUCACAUACCAUAUGCACAAAGGACGGCGACACAUAUCCGGAUAUGGAUCGCCUGAUGUAUAAGCUCAAACUACAAUUCCAAAAUCUGUUCACAAAGUUCCCUCAUGCUC